AUGUCGGGACUCGAGAAAGCGCUCUUCAACUUGAAGUUCACUGCGAAACAAAUCAACCGACAAGCCAAUAAAGCUGGACAAGCAGAAAAGGCAGAGAAAGAUAAACUCAAGAAGGCAAUCCUACAAGGCCACCCUGAUAUCGCGAAAAUCAACGCAGAAAAUGCCAUUCGUAAACAAAAUGAAAAACUAAAUCUACUGAGGUUGGCAAGUAGAAUCGAUGCCGUGGCUAGUAGAGUACAAACGGCUGUUACCAUGAGACAAGUUACCGGUAGUAUGACGAAUGUAGUAAGAGGAAUGGAUCAAGCUAUGAAAGCUAUGGAUUUGGAGAAAAUCUCAGCAGUAAUGGACCGUUUUGAAACACAAUUCGAAGAUUUAGAUGUAGCAACUGGCUACUACGAAAAUGCCACUACAUCUGCGACUGCAGUAGCAACUCCUCAAGAAGACGUCGAUAGGUUGAUGAACCAAGUUGCUGAUGAGGCGGGAAUUGAGUUAAAGCAAGAGAUGAAGAGUCCCGAAGCCGCGGCUCCUGUUAAAUCAAAUCCAACCGAAGUAGAAGAGGAUGGGUUGGGUGAGAGAUUGAGGGCUUUGAGAUCGUAA